AUGAGUUCUCCGAAAGCAGAAGACUUGCCGAAGCCGUUGACGAACCCUUUGGCGGCAGAACUGGUGGCCGAACACCAGUUGCGUCCGACGGCCACCGAAGAGAAGGUGGUGUUGCCAUCGGCCGAAGAGAUCGCGUCCGAGAAGUCCCAACAGCGCCUCAUCGCGAGCAUCGAGGGCUUCGACGGCAACGCUCUGAAGUCGACGGAAACCCUCGAGAAGAAUGUGUUGCCGACGGCCGAAGACAUUGCGACCGAACGCAAGCAUUAA